AUGAGCCCCGCCGUCGCUACCACCGAUCGACAAGCCAUUACCACCCCCCGGCCCCCCAAACCUCCUCUGCCAGUUCCUCCUCCCCCGACGACAGGGCGCAGGGGGUCCGUCCUUUGGGGUAGUGUUAAGUGGGGUCUUGGUGGUAGCGGCGGUCGUGAUGCUCGGCCAGUUGGUACAACAUGUUCAUCAGUAUUAUUACUGCUUCGGGUUAGCGGUGGGGGUUUUUGGAGCGAUAAUUUAGCGUGGAACAGUCUUCGAGGACAGCUUGUUGUGUACUCCGUACUCCGUACGGAUACUGGACGUCACCAUUCGAACAUCAUCUUCACUGCUGCAGCCUACGAAUUGGCAAUUGGCCACCAACAGGUGCUGUCUCAUGAUUUCGAUUUCAAUUUUCACCCUCGACCACGUAAAUCUCGUUUGAGUCUUCACUCCCCGACCGACAACGGUCCGCGACCGCCCCGCGCCAUGAGGUCAACAACCCCUAUGCUGUCCUGCAGUUGGACGGCCGUCCUCUGCUUGUUGGCAGCGUUGGUCUGCCUUUCGCACCCAGCAGCUGCCGUCAAGGAACACGACUUCAAGAAGUGUGAUCAAUCCGGUUUCUGCAAACGCAACCGCGCAUACGCCGACAACGCUGCUUCCCAAAGCUCAACCUGGAACUCCCCGUACCGCAUCUUAUCCGGCUCUUCCUCCUUCAAGGAUGGCCAAUUGCACGCCACCAUUCUCAAGACCAUCGAUGACAAGGGCAAAACCGCUCGGCUUCCCAUGAUCGUUUCGUUUCUGAAGAGUGGCGCCGUCCGAGUCACGGUCGACGAGGAGCGACGGCAGAAAAAGGAUAUCGAGCUGAGGCACAACAGCCCAGCUAGAAAGGAACGCUACAACGAAGCCGAGAACCUGGUCAUAGUCGGCGGCUUGGAUUUGGACAAGGAGGCGCGGGUUGUCUUCCAGGACGAGGCCCAGAUGAACAUCGAGUACGGCGCCAAGCUCGAGGCCGUCGUCAAGAUGUCGCCAUUCGAGGUUGAGUUUCGAAGGGAUGGCGUGACGCACAUCAAAUUCAAUGACCGUGGCCUGCUGAACAUGGAACACUGGAGACCAAAGGUGGACAAGCCUGAGGUGCCGGAAGGCCAGGAGAGCCAAGGAGGCGAGGCCAAGCAGGACGAAGGCGAAGGCGACAAGGGCGACGAGGAGAGCACAUGGUGGGAUGAAACCUUUGGCGGAAACACCGACACGAAGCCACGCGGCCCCGAGAGCGUUGCGUUGGACAUUUCAUUCGUCGGAUACGAGCAUGUCUACGGCAUACCCGAGCACGCCGGCCCGCUGUCGCUGAAGCAGACGCGAGGAGGCGAAGGAAACUACGACGAACCCUAUCGCCUGUACAACGCGGACGUCUUCGAGUACAUCCUGGACAGCCCGAUGACGCUUUACGGAUCGAUCCCUUUCAUGCAAGCCCACCGCAAGGGUUCUUCCGUCGGCGUUUUCUGGCUCAACGCUGCCGAGACGUGGGUCGACAUCGUCAAGGGCAGGAGCCCCUCCAACCCGCACAACCUCGGGCCUGGUGCCAAGGCCAACACGCACACUCACUGGAUCUCCGAGAGCGGCCUUUUGGAUGUCUUCGUCUUCCUCGGCCCGACCCCUCACGACCUGACCCGGCAGUACGGCGAGCUCACCGGCUACUCGGCCAUGCCGCAGGAGUUUGCGAUCGGAUACCACCAGUGCCGAUGGAACUACAAGUCGGACGACGACGUUCGAGACGUCGACCGCAAGAUGGACAAGUUCAAGAUCCCCUACGACGUCAUCUGGCUGGACAUUGAGUACACCGACGACCGAAAGUACUUUACCUUUGAGCAGCACUCCUUCCCCGACCCGAUGGGCACGGGCAAGCAGCUCGACGGCCAUGGGCGCAAGCUGGUGCUCAUCAUUGAUCCCCACAUCAAACGCAUCGACGACUACGCCGUCAACCAGGAGCUGACGUCCCAGGACCUUGGCGUGCACAACAAGGAUAACGAAAUCUACGAGGGUUGGUGCUGGCCGGGCUCGUCCAACUGGAUCGACUGCUUCAACCCCAAGGCCAUCGAAUGGUGGAAGGGGCUGUUCAAGUACGAUGCCUUCAAGGGUACCAUGGAGAACACCUUUAUCUGGAACGACAUGAACGAGCCGUCCGUCUUCAACGGCCCGGAGACGACGAUGCCCAAGGACAACAUUCACCACGGCAACUGGGAGCAUCGCGAUGUCCACAACCUGAACGGGCUCACCUUCCACAACGCCACCUUCCAAGCGCUCCUCUCGAGAAAGAAGGGAGAGCUGCGACGGCCGUUUGUGCUGACACGCGCGUUCUACGCCGGCUCGCAGCGCUACGGCGCCAUGUGGACGGGCGACAACCUGGCGUCGUGGGACCACCUCGCGGCUUCGAUCCCGAUGAUCCUGAACCAGGGCAUCGCGGGAUACCCGUUCGCCGGCGCCGACGUCGGCGGUUUCUUCGGUAACCCGGAGAAGGACCUGCUGGCCCGCUGGUACCAGGCCGGCGCCUUCUAUCCCUUCUUCCGAGGCCACGCCCACAUCGACUCUCGACGGCGCGAACCCUACCUGCUUGGCGAACCAUUCACGAGCAUCGCCACGUCGGCCCUGCGCCUGCGCUACUCUCUCUUGCCUUCCUGGUACACGGCCUUUUUUCACGCGAACCGAGAUGGCAGCCCCAUCGUGCGUCCCAUGUUCUGGACGCAUCCGACCGAGGAGGGCGGCUUCGCCGUCGACGACCAGAUGUUCGUCGGAUCCACCGGCCUGCUCGUCAAGCCCAUCGUGGAGCAGGACAAGGUGUCGACCGACAUUUGGAUUCCCGACGACGAGGUCUACUACGACUACGCGACGUACAAUGCGCUGAAGACGGUCAAGGGCGGGCGUUUGACGGUCGAGGCCGCUCUCGACCAGAUCCCGCUCAUCAUGCGCGGCGGCCACAUCUUUCCACGGCGCGACAUCCCCCGACGGUCGAGCGCCUUGAUGCGAUUCGACGACUACACCCUCGUCGUUUCCGUCUCCAAGAGCGGCGGCGCCGAGGGCGAGCUGUACGCCGACGACGGCGACUCGUUCGAGCACGAGAAGGGACAGUACAUCUACCGCAAGUUCAGCCUGGUCGGGAACAAGCUGUCGUCGGUCGAUGCCGAGGGUCGAGACGCGGCGUCGGUCAAGGCCGGGAGCUGGCUCAAGGCCAUGCGCGAGGUGUACGUCGACAGGGUCAUCGUCGUUGGCGCUCCUUCGGAAUGGAACAAGAAGGAGGUUCAGAUCCGGUCUGAGGGGCGUACCUGGAGCGUCAAGGUCGACUACCAUGCUGCCGCCAACGGGCGGGCCGCCUUUGCCGUGGUCGGCCGGGUUGGGGCGCGCAUCGGUGCCGACUGGACCAUUACGACGGCGUGA